AGUCCAAUGGGUUCUGCAGUUCCCCAGAGGUUUUUGGUGGUACCAGAUGUACUGCGCUCUUUUCGAAUUAACGCAUAAUAUACAAUGAAAUCUUUGAACAAGAUUUUCUUGCAAAGUUUCGUCGUGGUUGGAUUGUUAUUCUCACAUGUCUCGUGCGUAAUAUCCCGUUCGACUACAGCAAGGACUGUUGCAGGCUCAGAGAAAGUUGUUACAAUUGACGAGGGCACAAAAGCAUUAGUGGCGAACCUGAGAGGUCUAGGAGCUGAUUUGAAAAAAUCAAUCGAUUUGAAAGAUCAUCCACUGACCAACAAUCUUGUGACAGACAUCAAAGACGUGUGGCAACGUAUAAUCGACAAAUUGAAACCAGAUUUGUACGAGGAUCUCAUAUUCUACACAGCUCGACUACUUUUCCUCGCCAAUGACCGCCACUGCGAGUCUCCCUACGAAACUUUCUUCAAACGCCAAUGCCUUCCCAUUGGCGAUGCGAAACACUGCCCAGAAAAUCAAACUCUGAUCGACGGACCGGACAACAAAGGUUUCUGUGGCUCAAAAACUCGUUCGAAAGUAAGAGGUUGAUUUCAUUAUAAUCACGUCAGUAUUUGACUUUAUCCUAAAAAUACAAAAAAUUCACGUUUCAA